AGCGGCUUCCGUAUCCGUAUGAGUGUUUGAGAUACCAUAGAGACGAAAAAUGUCACUGGAUUCCUCAAAUCAGUUAGCUGCCACUUUAAUUGUAUAGCUAACCAAAUAAUAGAAGCUCGAUACAUAGCACAACAUCGCUAAGAGGACACAAUUAAGGAGAAAGUAAAUGCAAACUCGUCAUGUCUUUUAGAGAUUUAAGAAAUUUUACGGAGAUGAUGAGGACCCUGGGGUAUCCUCGUCUGAUUUCUAUGGAAAACUUCAGGACUCCAAACUUCACCCUGGUGGCUGAGAUUCUGAUCUGGCUUGUAAAAAGAUAUGAGCCACAGACGGACAUUCCCAGUGACGUCGAAACUGAGUCCGACCGGGUUUUCUUCAUUAAAGCUAUUGCUCAGUUCAUGGCUACAAAGGCUCACAUCAAGGUGAACACUAAACGCUUGUACCAGGCCGACGGCUACGCUGUGAAAGAGAUGCUGAAGAUCACGUCCGUGUUGUACAACGCCAUGAAGACCAAGGAGUUGACUGCUGGAGACAAGCCGGAAGAGGACAGCAGCAAGUUCAAAUUUGACCUGGGUUCCAAGAUUGCUGAUUUGAAAACAGCAAGACAGCUGGCAUCGGAGAUUACCUCUAAAGGUGCCGCACUGUAUGACCUGCUCGGGAAAGAGGUGGAUUUAAGGGAAAUGAGGAUUGCUGCCAUCGCAAGACCCCUAGAGAUUAAUGAGACAGAGAAAGCUUUGCGAUCAGCCAUUAAAGAGGUCCUGGAAAAUAUGCAGAAGACUGAAGGCAUGCUGAACAAUGUGUCAUCGGAUGAGGCCAGCCUGGAGGCAAAGAUUGAGAAGAAGAAACAGGAGCUUGAGAGGAACCAGAAACGUCUGCAGACACUACAAAGUGUGCGGCCGGCGUUUAUGGACGAGUAUGAGAAGAUUGAAGAGGACCUGCAGAAGCAGUAUGACAUCUAUGUGGAGAAGUUCCAUAACCUGAGCUUCCUGGAGCAACAGCUGGAGGACUACCACCGGGUGGAGCAAGAGAGGUUUGAGGAGACGGAGAAUGCCAUGCGUGUGAUGCAACAGAAACUGCGAGAGGAGGAGAGGAGGCUGAUGAAGAGCGGAGGUGUUCAUCUUUUAGCAGCAGCUAAGGAUGAAGAUUCAGACAUGGACAUUCCAGAGGAUGAGGGCUCGGAUAGUGACAUAGAGGAGCGUAGACCACCCAAGCCUCACCCCCUCCGAAAUGCACCAAUGCCAGGGCGAUCAGGAGCUCGAUUUGUGGGCACCAUGCAAGGAGGAGACAGUGAAGAGGAAUCGUCUGAGGACAGCGAGAUUGAUGUGGAUGAGGAUGAUGAAGAUGAGGCUGACGGAGAAGAGAAUGGGGACCGUGAGGAUGACAACGACAGCUUGGAGGUGCCCAUUCCCAAGAUGCCACGGCCGUCCCGUGGCCCCCGCCAGCCCGAGCUGCUUGAUGAGAGCGACAAUGACUUCUGAACUGCUGGAGACUUGCUGCUCAUACACUCUGGCUUGUCUACUUCAGUGCUGGUGACUGGUGGAUGCUUAUAGAUCCAAAUUCAGUCAAUAUAUGCACAUACCUACAUAUAUAUGCUGCCACAGAAUUUCCAAGAUCGAGAAAAUCAAUGUCAGUGUCAAAAAUACACAAACCCUGUACUGACACUGGGAAAAGCAGUAUGAGCCCUUUUUUAGCUGAAUCGUUCUACUGAAAGGAUCAGUGGUGCUCAUGAUUGGAAGGUCACUGGUUCAAAUCCAGUUCGAUUGAUGUCACAGUUGGGAAGACCCUUAACUCCCAGUUGCUCCAGGAAUUGUCUGACCCUGCUUUCUCAAAAAAUGUAUGUUGCUUUGGAUUAAAGCAUCUUCUAAAAUAAAUGUAAAUAUUUAUGGUGCCUGGACCUGCAACCUCAUAGUACAAAUAAGGAACCAUCAUAUUUAUUCUGUAUAUACUAUUUUUAAACCUGAAUAAAAUAACAUUUUUAGAAUGAUGCUUAAA